UUGGGCUAGAACAUAGACGAGUUUUUUUUUCUAUAAUAGUAUCGAAUAAGUUUUGAAAGUGAUUAAUACAGGGUUAGACAUCAAUCGUAUAUAAAUUUUGAUUAUUAAUUUCAAAAGUUUUCCAAACAAACCUAUAAAAAAUUUAACAAUCAAAAAGAAGUUCAUUAACAUCAUCGGUUUCAAAUAUGAUGCGAAUAUUUUUAUAUACAGCAGUACUUUUAUGUUUAUCAUAUCAAGUAAAUCCUGAAGUUUUUACAGCCAUGACAGAUAUGGAAGAUUUAUUAGAUACUGAAUUAGCUUUAAUACAUAAUUUAGAAGAAUACAUUAACAUGCAAGAGAAAAGAUUAGAAUUUUUAAAAUUGAAAGUUACUGAAUAUCAAAAGGAGCAUAAUGAAGCUACAGAGGAUGUUGCAACAUAUCUUGCAAAUCCAAUAAAUGCUUAUCUGUUAACAAAACGUUUAACAUCAGACUGGUCACAAAUUGAAAAUUUAAUUCAAGAAACAAGCGAUAGACUUAUAAAAAAUAUAACAGAUCAUAAAAAUGUGUUAAAAUUUCCGUCCGAUGAAGACUUGAAUGGCGCAGCAGUAGCUUUGAUACGUCUUCAAGAUACAUACAGAUUGGAUACCUCAAGUGUUGCCAGAGGUGAAUUAAAUGGUAUUCAAUAUAGUACUGAACUAAGUUCAGAUGAUUGUUUUGAACUUGGCCGACAGGCAUACAAAAAUGGUGACUAUCAUCAUACUAUUUUGUGGAUGCAAGAGGCUUUAGAUAAAAUUGAAAAUGAUAAAGAGUUUGCUUACACCAAUAUCGAAAAUCAAACAGUGAAAACAUUGAAAGUAAAAAUUUUGGAAUACUUGUCAUUUUCGGUUUAUAAAAAGGGCAAUCUUGCUGAAGCUUUAGCUCUAAAUGAUCAAAUACUAGAAAUUGAUCCGAGCAAUGAGCAGGGUACCGGAAAUAAAUAUUGGUUUAAUAAAGAACUAAAAGAAGCUGAAGCGAAAAAACUUGAAUUUAGUUCAGUUCGAGGCGAUACUGGAGACUCUAAUGUAUUUCGUGAGUCUCUAAAUGUUGAAAAGUUGGAAAAUUUAGAUCAUUUGAAUUAUGAAAAGCUAUGUCGUGGUGAUAUAACACCUACACCUACUGAAUUAAGAUCGAUGAAAUGUUAUUAUAUUCACAAUAAUGUCCCAUUUUUAAGAAUAGCACCUAUUAAAGUUGAAGUGGCAAAUAAAAGUCCACGUCUUUUGAUAUUCCAUGACGUAAUUACAGAUUCAGAAAUUGAUAAAGUUAUUGAAAUUGGUAAACCAAGAUUGCAACGGGCAACGGCACGUGAAUCUACAGGCUAUGUACCAGUAAAAUAUAGAAUAAGUAAAUCUGGAUGGAUUAGUCACGAUGAAGAUCCAUUGAUAACGAGUAUUAUACAAAGAGUGUCUGAUAUGACUAUGCUAACAACUGAAAGUGCAGAAGAUUUACAAGUAUGUAAUUAUGGUAUUGGUGGACAUUAUGAACCUCAUUUUGAUUUUACUACUGGCACUCCUACUUAUGAAAAUGAAAGAUGGCAACGUGAUGGAAACAGAAUUGCAACAGUUUUGUUUUAUAUGAGUGAUGUCCCACAAGGUGGUUCUACUGUUUUUCCAGCUAUUGGUAAAUCUGUAUGGCCGAAAAAAGGCUCAGCCGCAUUUUGGUUUAAUUUAUUUGCAGAUGGCGAAGGUGACUUACGUACGAAACAUGCAGCUUGCCCUGUAUUAACUGGAUCGAAAUGGGUUGCAAAUUUAUGGAUACAUGAACGUGGACAAGUAUGUUAUCCAGACAGUUUUCAGGAGAGAAGUAUUCCAAAAACAUAAGGGCGUUUUUCGAAUGUUAUACAUUUUAAAAUAAUUUGAAGUUAGCUAAAAAAAAG